AUGGAGGAUCUGGAUGUGGGGUUGAACCAGACCGAGAUGGUCUACGAGUAAGUUGUUUAAUCUCUUACACUGACACUUUGCUUGUUAUUGUUGCUUUGUUUACUUUGAUUGUUUUGUUUUUUGAACUUUUUUUGUUUUUAAAAAUGGCAAGAUUAAUUGCGCCGUGCACUCCUAAGAGAACUCCUCAGAGAUGCACGGUGCAAGAAAUGUGAAAGUUUGUGUCAAUAUCUGAUAAACAAAAGGACAGCAUUAUAACAUAAUAUAUGUUGAAAAAAAGCCUAAAAUUGCAAUUUUAAUUUUUUUAAUUUUAAAAAAUUAUUUAAAUUUCGAAAAAGAGAAUGACAAACAGUAUACAGUUGACAAUUUGCAAUAUGCUUUUUCCUGUUGCAACCGAAUGCAAAUAACACUUUGCCUCCGGGCAUGAAAUUGAAAGAUUACCAAAACCGUGGCCAAUUUGACUGUGAACCAUGUCUUUGGCCGAGUCGCAGUCGCUGAAGAGUCGCGAACGCGAGGUUCGGAUUAAAUAAAAGGACAAACAGUAAUCAGACCUGUUAAUUAUACCUUACCCAUUGUUUACUGUCACCUUUUACCGUUACUUUUAAGGCCUAUAUUAACUCUUUAUGGCUUAUACUAACCAUUACUCAGUAGUGACAGUUUAGUCAAUAUUUUUAGUUUUACUUUAGUUUUGAGUUCAAAAGCAACCUCAAGUUAGAUGAUAAUAGCAUUAUAAGGUUAGGCAGUUUCAAAACUUCAAAAUACAGUAGUUGCGGUCGGUUGUGGACUAGAAAUGGCUUCCAGCUGAUUGUCACUGCUAAGUUGUCCUCUUUGUUUAUGUUAUAAGUUUAUUUUGCUCCCGAUGUUGUUGUAUAACAGGUCUUUUGUGAUAUUUAUUUGACUUUUAGAAGUCGUAUUUUAUUAAAAUGAUGAUUAAUGGCUUUCAAGAGCAACAUAUGUUGAGGUAUACCAUGUAUAAUAUACGAAUGCUUUCAGAAUGGCGGGCGAAUCGUUUUCCGUUCUAUCAGUACUAUCAGUAUCAGCCAUCAUCACCACGAUAUCACUCUUCUUCUGCGGAAUGUAAGUCAUAUAUAGUUUGUAGUAAACCUGUAUCUAUAUUUUUUAAAUUCACUAAUUUACCUUCGUAUUUUAGACCGAUUUGUAUCGAAAUCAAACGCAGAAACAGUACCAACGAGAUCUCUGGUUUUCCAUUCAUCAUGGGCUUCUUGGGGUAGGUUACAGUAACAUUCUCAAUAUUUGCUUACGUUUGUAUUGUUUACAAACAUACUGUACUAUAUUGUUUACUACUUUACAACAUGUCGUAUUUUACAAAUAUACGAUGUCUUUGUAUAUACCAGAGAGUUGACUAUGUUAUUGUUUGUUUGCUUUUGAAAGUAAAGUUUGUAUAUAAUAGUACUGUUACAGUUAUAGUAGUGAUAGUGCUGUUAUAGUUGUAGUAGUAGUAAUGAACAUACUGUAGUAACAAUGUGACAUUUCAGCGGAAGCUUUUGGUUACGGUACGGGUUUAUUAAAAUGGAUUUAACGAUGAUUACGGUAAAUGUAGUGGGUGUCUCCAUGAUGUUCAUCUACAUCCUCUUCUUCAUCUACUACUCUGAGUCUAAAGUAAGUAUAUUAUGACUUGUUUAUAUGUCGUGAUAAGGUUAUAGCAUUAUGUUUAUUUUAUUCAUAUCAUGCGACAGUUUAUGUAAUAUUAUAGGCGACAUUUUGUAUUUUAAUAUCUUAAAAUAUAAAAUCUAAUUACUGAACAUUAAUUAUCUUUUUAAGACUUACUACAGGCUAUUUAUAACGUACUAUUGCAUACAUCCUCUAAUAUAUCAACUAUGUUUAGACUGGUAUCUCAGUGCAAUUCGGCCUUGUCAGUUCGUCGAUAGGGGCUAUGUUAAUAUUGACCGAGAUGUAUGGAAUGCAGAGUAUCGACAUCCUCGGCCUGAUCUGCAUGACCUUUAACAUCGUCAACUUCGGAGCGCCGCUGGCUGGAAUCGUAUGUUUUAUUCAUUUUGAAGUGACGUCUGAAUCCUGGAAUUCUUGGGAUUCCGUGAAUAAUAUUGACUUUGAGUCUAAUACGAUUACUUUACUCUGUAAUCACAUUUCGACUUUUACUGUGACAAAGCAGAGUUUACAAAAAAGCAUUUUCUACGUAAUUUUAUAUAAAAUAAUAUAAAAAAGAGAACUCUUAAACCUUAAAAAUACAGUAUCAAACACUGAUAGUAAUGUAUCUUAUCCAUGUUUCAGAAAGUAGUACUGAAGAAGAAGUGCUGUGAUUCGAUGCCACUGCCAUUGUGUACUGCCAAUCUUCUCGUAUCUUCACAAUGGUGUCUCUAUGGUGUUCUGGUCAAUGACAUCUACAUCAUGAUUCCUAAUGGAGCUGGUGUUGCGUUGGCCGUUCUCCAGAUCUCACUGUUCUUGUUCUUCCCGAGAAUGCCCGGAGGGCAAGCACCGUUCUCUUCGUGUGUCACGUUCGUUAAUGACCUUGAGAUUAUGGAGGCACAAGGUAAGAAGAAGGACUAACUGCUUCCAUAUUAACAUAAAUUAGUUUAAACUGAUUUAGGCGAUUAUAUUGAGUAAUGUUUCAGUUACUUUGAAGGCAUUUAAUUAAACAUAGCUUAUACUUAUUACAACUUAUUUCAGAUAAUUUGAAUAAUUUAGUUCAAUUUAAAUUUAAAAACCUUGGUUUAAAGUCCGCUUUUGAGUUUAAAAAUACAAUUUUAGUUACAAAAUUAAUUUAAAAUUACUUCAGUUCUUCUAUUUUUGGAAACAAAAUUCUUGCGUUUUAAAUUAAAACAGACUGUGAUGUUUUACAUAGUAAAUUGAUCAAUGUAAAGUACUUUAUUGUUUGAUCGACUGUCAGACCUUAUACAAUGUUUAAUCAAUAGCCAAAAACCACUUAAAGUGACAGUUUAGCCAUACUAAUGUAGCUUAAAAUGUGACUGUUCAAUCUGACUACUGUAGCUUAAAAAGUGACAGUUUAACUUCCAAAUCAAUUUCAAAUACCGUAACCUAUUGAAGUUUGAAUUCUUGCACAGUAGGGUACCGUUAACCGGACUCAGAAGCUGACGUGAUAGGGAAGUAGUGCUUAUUACGUCAGACGGCUGACGCUAACCCUUUCCGACUUGGCUUUUGAUAACUUUUGACAUGACACUCAAGUACAUUAACAUACAGCUAUGAGGGUAUGAUGAUAAUGUACUUUUGGAGUUCAAAAACGUUUAAAAAUAUAACUUUUAACUUCUAGGUGAAUAUGAACAAGGUUUUUAAUAUUUUAAAUACAUUUCAAAGCUUUAACAUUAUAAUUGCCACAAAAGAUAUAUUAAUAUAGCACCAAAUUUAAGUUCAAAGCCUUCAAAGCUAUGUUAAUAUGCCUAAAGUAACAUAAUUACAAUAUAAAUCAAAACCCUAACAUAUAUCACACAUACGAAUAACAAUAAGCCUAAGUUACUAACCUCUCCUACUGAGUUAUCUAAGUUACAACUCCCCUAAUUUGCUUAUCAUAAUUUUUUUUUUCGCAGUGGAGAAGAACUUCGCCUUGGACGAAAGCUUCCUCACCAACUCUGACGCCAAGCUUAUCGUUUAAGUUCAAUAACAUCAAGGUAAUCGUAACCUGGAGUCGGCUUUCCCCAACCAGCAAUCAACUAUAUUAUUGUAGAUACCAAACACUCGUCAGACAUCUGGAUCACCAGAGGUUCGUUGCAACAGUCCAGUCUCCCGCCUGCUGGGUGAGUUCAAAAUUUUUGAAAUAUGAAGUUUGAUACUAAAAUACGAAAAAGUUUGAAUUUUUUAAAUUCCGCUAGUUUGGCAUUCUGUUAUAAGCAGUGUUUGUUACCUAAAAACAAGAUUUUUUUUAUUUUACUUUGUAUGACUUUAUAUAACUGCGACAUAUUUACAGUAGGAACCCCCUAUCGGCGUUGAAAUUUGCUCAGACCCAGGGAUCGUUCGCGGAUUCAGGGUCCACCUUCACCACUACGGCUCCGACCUUAUCCACCAUAUCAAGCAAACCCUUCCAGUUCGAUAGGAUUAGAGAAGUAGAGUACCUAGACAACCGAUGGGCCGACAACGAGUUCAAACGAUCCACCAGUGCCCCCAACAUCUCCGACUUACCAUAG